UUGUGGUGAGACUUGACUUGACUGGAAUGGAAGUUUAUAGAUCAGUUGUUGUGGAUACGGAUACAGUGGUGAAGGAAGGAUGGACCUUCAACUACAACUCUACAGAUGCAAAUAUCAAAGAUUGUGCAUCAAGAGAACACAAUGAGCAAAAUACCUGGGAUGCGGAUUCAUGGCUUAAUACUAUUAAAAGCUUAAUAAAUCUGCCAAGAACGACUAUAGACACGGUUUAUAUCUAUUCGUUUUCUCAUUCUGAGAAUUCUUGUAAUAUACAUAAGCUAAUAUAACUUCCUAUUUUGAAGAAGAAAAAUUACCAAUGGAUACAAACAUCAAAGAUAGAUCGAGAACUAGGCUAGAAGAAGAAACACAGAAGUUUAGCAACCACAGAGUAAAAUUUCUGUAUGGAGCACAGUCCUUGUUCUAUGAACUAGGAAAAUGCAUGGCUAAAUUUAUCAGUCUAAUAAUAUACUCUGACAAUCCCUGAUUCUUAGAGAAAGAAUUUACAAGCCAUGUUUCUGUUGGAGAGCCCAAAGUUGGCGAAUCUAAACUCUCACAGAGAAAGCUAUCUAGCCUCCCUAAAGACUUGGAGCUAUAUGAAAAAGAAGGAGCUGAGCAGAGAUGCUCUUCUCAAAGAAAUCAGGGCAUUAUGGACAGUAUAGAUAUCAAGGGUAUUAAACAAAGAGAACUUGUAACCAAAGAGCAUAUCAUCAGCUCAAUAACGACUAGCUCAAAAGAUGAUUUAUGUACAGACCUCAAAGAUAUACAAGAUGCGACUAAUGAAGAAUCUAAACAAGACAUAUUACAUCAUGACGACUUUAGCGAGAAAUCAGUAUCAUUAGAACUAACUGAAUCUGAGGUUCUAGAAGAAGAAAUCUCAGAGAUGACAAAAAUUACCCAGAAAUUUGAGAAUGAUCCUGUUCACAAACAUUUCCUAAUUCAACUUUUGAAGGAAGUUCCUAAGUGCUUUGAUGAAAAGUCUGAGAGCGAGACCAUAAAGUACAUCAAUGCCUUGGGGAGCCUUAUCUUUCAGCAUUUGGAUAAAUUUUUAAACACUAAUAAGAAAAAGCUAAGUCAAAAAGUGAAAGACAUUUAUUUUAUGUAUAUUAAAGACUUGUUGAUCAGAGAGAAAGUAACUUCUGGCUUCUUACUUGAGAGCUGAGCCACUACUAGCUUCAAAGAGUCAUUAGAGCAAAUCAAUAAAAGCAACACUGUGACAUUAGAUUUUGAAAAGCUGAGCUCAGUCAUGGAUAAGCUAAAGCCUCCAAAAGUAAAAUUUUCACUGAAGGAUCAUAAUUUAAAAGGUAACUCUAAGCUGUACUCUUGUAUUUGUUAUACUGUGAUCAAGAACAUGCUUGUUAACAAUUUCUGGAAAUCAGGAGAGCCUAUGUCUACUGCAAGGAGCUUGACCAAUAAAAUAUACAAAGUAGUCAAAGAUUAUUACAAUAGUAAAAACAUUUCUGCUGAAGAGAAGGCUUUACUAAAAGCUGAUUCCAAAAUAAAAUAUAUUAUCGCUGAAAUUUUUAGAUUAAGAGGAAUUUGGCGUGAAGAAAAUAGCAUUAUCAUUAUAAAUCCCGAAAUGGCUGAAUCCCUCCUCAACGAAUUCACUCUCCAAGACCUAUGAACUAUUCUGAACACCCUAAACAAUCUCAUCAUCCAAAUAACAUCAUAAUCCCAAAACCUGACUUAAUAACUCAAUAUUU